AUGUGGUGGGUGCUGGGUUAUGUGUACCUGGGAUGCUACAAGGAUGACAGUGGCAGGUUGAUCAACGAUGUACAUAAUAGCAACGACUCCAUGACGUACGAAUGGUGCCUGACUCGCAGCAGACAGGGCAACUAUCUUCUUGCUGGACUGGAGGCAAGCAAAUUCUACUUCAUGUACCCUGACAUUGAACAUGAGGAGAAGCUCCAUCAUUCGAGUUCCCCAAAACGCAAAGAUCACAAGCCUGGAGACAAUCUACUCCAUGAAGCCAGCGGGGACGGCGACCUUUACCGAGUGCAACAGAUCGUGACUGAUAGUCACGUUGAUAUCAACAGCAGAGAGAAGGAACAUGGAAUGACCCCGGCAAUGUUGGCAGCUCAUGGGGGACACAAGGAUGUGUUUGACUUUCUUGUUAGGAACGGAUGUAAUUUGUCGGUUGUUGAUAGCACAGGUAAUAACAAUCUUCAAAUGGCCUGCUUCGGAGGACAUGUUGGAAUAGUGAAAUACAUCGUGUCACUUGCCAUAGUGGACAUGAACAGUAGAGGACAAUUUAGGAGAACACCAAUGAUGACAGCAUCAUCCCGAGGGAACUGCGAGGUCUUUCAAGUUCUUCUGAAGAGGGGAGCGAAGUUGACAUUGAUGGAUAAGGCCGGUGACAACAUCCUUACAAUCGCCUGUAGAGGUGGACAUACAGAGAUGGCCAAAUAUAUCAUCUCAUUGAACAUUGUGGAAGGCAAUACCAGACGAUAUCAUGGUAGAUCCAGAUUGAUGACGGCAGCACGGAUGGGGAACAGAGAAUUGUUUGAGACAUGCAUAUGUGCAGGAGGUAACGUGACGGAAAUUGAUGCUGAUGGAAACAACAUUUUACAUCUGGCCUGUUGUGGAGGAGAUGUGGUCAUAGUGAAGUACAUCCUCUCCCACAACAUAACGGACAUCAACAGUAGAGGGGUAUAUCAAAGGACACCAGCAAUCUUGGCAGCAGCUUGGGGACACAAACACGCGUUCGAGUUGAUUGUUAGCGAAGGAGGUGAUGUGUCGAAAGUUGAUGUUCAUCUUAACAAUAUCCUACAUGUGGCCUGUUUGCAUAGCCAAUUUGAGAUGGUGAAGUAUAUUAUCUCGCAGAACAUUACAGAUAUCAACAGUAGAGGAGACAAGGGGAGGACACCACCAAUGAUGGCAGCAGGCAAGAGUCAUAUAGGUGUGUUUGACUUUCUCGUGCGUAAAGGGGCUGAUACUUCACUUAACGAUUCAAAUGGUGAUAACAUCCUGUUUUUGGCUUGCAGAGCUGGACAGGUGGGAAUAGUAGAUUACAUCCUCUCACGCAACAUAACUGACGUCAACAGUAGGGGGGCACACUGGAUGACACCAAUAAUGGUGGCAGCAAGUCGGGGACAAAUAAAAGUGUUUCACUUCCUUCUGAAUACGGGAGGUAAUGUGACAAUGCUUGAUCGUAAUGGUAACAACAUCCUCCACAUCGCCAGUUAUCAUGGAGAGAUAAAGGUAGUAAGGUACAUCCUUUCUGGCAACUUUGUGGAUAUUAACACCAAGAACAAGAACAGCGAUACAGCAGCAAUGAUAGCCACACAUAGAGGCCAUAGUAAAGUAUAUGCCCUAAUAAGUCGACAUGGGCAAAGCGGAAUGUGA